GGGCGGGCCUUGGCGCAGGCGGUGGAGGGAAGAUGGCGGCGGGCCGGUGGCGGGCCGGGCUGGCUCUGCUGGCCGUGGCCAUGGGGCUGGGCGGCCCGCGGGCCGAGCAGACGGAGGAGCAUCUCAAGCGGGAGCACUCGCUCUCCAAGCCCUACCAGGGUGUGGGCUCGGCCAGCUCGGGGCUGUGGGACCUGCAGGGCAACGCUAUGGUCAUGACCCAGUACAUCCGGCUCACCCCCGACCUGCAGAGCAAGCAGGGAGCCGUGUGGAACCGAGUGAGCUCCCACAAAACGUUGUGGCUUCCAAGCAAAGCCACCGGCCGGCUUCACAUCACCCGUGUUACCUCCGAGACUGGGAGAUGCAGGUGCAUUUUAAAAUCCAUGGGCAAGGCAAGAAAAACCUGAACGGGGAUGGUUUUGCCAUCUGGUACACUAAGGAUCGCAUGCAGCCGGGACCUGUUUUUGGGAGCAAGGAUAACUUCCUGGGCCUGGGAGUGUUCGUGGACACCUACCCCAACGAGGAGAAGCAGCAGGAGGCUCAGAAGAGGAGGUACAGCCCGGGAAACCAGCGUGUCUUCCCCUACAUCUCAGCCAUGGUGAACAACGGUUCCCUCACCUACGAUCACGACCGGGACGGGCGCCCGACAGAGCUGGGGGGCUGCACAGCCAUGGUGCGCAACCUCAACCACGACACCUUCCUGGUGAUCCGCUACGUGAAGAGGAGGCUGACGGUUUUGAUCGAUAUCGACGGGAAGCAUGAGUGGAGAGACUGCAUUGAUGUGCCGGGCGUGCGCUUGCCCCGUGGCUACUACUUCGGGACUUCUUCUGUCACCGGAGACCUGUCAGACAACCACGACAUCAUUUCGCUGAAGCUUUACCAGCUGACGGUGGAGCGGACGCCAGAGGAGGAGAAGCGGGACAGGGAGGUUUAUCUGCCCGUCGUGGACAACCUAAAGCUGCCGGGAAUGGAGGCGCCGCUGGAGCCCAUGAGUGGCCUGGCUCUCUUCCUAAUCGUCUUCUUCUCCCUCGUUGCCAUCGUUUUCGCCAUCGUCAUCGGAGUCAUCGUCUACAACAAGUGGCAGGAGCAGAGUCGGAAACACUUCUAUUGAGUCAGGAACCCCACGUGGUGGCCUGUGGCUGGGCCUUGGUAGCCACGUCCCACCUCACACCCAUCCCGGACUGGCCAGAUGGACCCACCCUCACGGUAGGGACACUUGUGUCCCCCCAAAAUCCCCCAGUGGGGACGGCUGCCGCUUCUUACCGGGCUCUGGAGCUCCCAGUAGAAGUGGGGGGUCCCCAGCACCACGGGGACGGACCUGCCGGGCGGAAUUUACCACCUCAGCUGUGAAAUCCUGGCUGAGAGACGCCAACGAGCGCCAGUGUUCCUCACCAGGCUCCUCCAUCACCCCUCGCAGCGUCACCAGGACCCUCGUCUUGAAAAACUGCCUUUCCAGGAGGGAUUUUCCAAGCUCUUCAUCCUGUUCCCACCGUUUUCCAUCGUGCGAGAGACCUGACGGCUUUUCUCCGUACUGUGAAUCCCUCUCAGCAACUCUAAUUGCCGAGAUUUGGUGUUUUUCGCUGCAGACCCCUCCUCGUUUUGGGGUGUGAUGCCGAGUUCCCCGGUUGUAAUUCUCGUUUGCUGCUGUGUCUGGGGGCUCGGCCCCUCUCCCCGUCUCCGCUGCUCUUUGCGUGUCACCUCCUGGCUUUUGGCAGCAUUUUCCCCUCGGUGCUCACCGCAUCCCGGGGUCCCCGGGAAGAGCUGAGCCUUGUUGGGGGGACACAGGGACAAUUCCCCGGCAAAGCCGGAGCUCUCGCUGCCUUUCGGGGAGUCGGAGUUGAUUCCUACCUCAGGGACUGCUUUGGUCAAUGAUUUCUCGGUGUUUCUCUCACCCUUGGGGACCCCACGGCACGGAGGGACCCCAGGAGGGGGAGAUCUUAGGUCACUUUGUCCCAGGGGGAGCCUUAGUGGCUUUGGGGACAUUAAAAUGGCAAAUGUGCCGCUCCGUCGUUGGCAGGACCCUCCAUCGCUGCUUUCCUGGACACUCGCACCCGGGGGGGAUCCCCAGUGCUACCCAGGAUGGGGACACAUGUGGCUGGUGGUGUUUUUGGCAGGAUGUUGUCACCAGGUCAGCGGGAGCUUUUUCUUGAAGUGCCCAAUUGUGGUUGUGGCAGGAGAGUUGGUUUUUUUCUGGUGUUUUGCCUCUAUUUUUGCCUGAUAACCAGGAGCACAAGGCGCACGCCUCUGCGUGGAGCUGUAACUGGUGUCCUGGAAUAAACAUUGGUGUGUGUGUGUGUGUGA